AUGGAGACAUACGAGCCCCGAGAUGAGAGGCCGCUGAAACGCACGCGUCAAGCUUGCGACUCGUGCCGACGGAAGAAAUCUAAGUGUUCAGGAGAGCGACCUGUCUGCGCCACAUGCGAUAGGCUGCGGCGGUCAUGCUCUUACACGCUCGAGCACCAUUAUGCGUUUUAUACGGAACAAGAUCAACCUCGGCAUGGUUCCCACGAAAGCAGAGACGAUCGCAUAGAGUCACUAGAGUCAACCCUGGCCGAGGUGGUACAGGGCCUAAGAAACGGCAUAUCGCCGCAUACGCCAUCCACAGUUCGGCGGCAGCGCCGGCCUCUCGCACCUAACAGUCCAGCUCCGUCCCAGUCAACUACAACAGCCGCGACAGGAGCAAAACAGUCCCCACUUAUUUCUUUGGUAGCAAGGCCUGUAAUGCCGUCUUGGGACGUUGUCACUUCCAUGGCACAGGUCUACCUGGUAUACUGUGACUCUCAGCCCCUCCCAUUAUUUCAUCGAGAGACUUUCGUGUCAUCGUUCGUGAGGCGUGACUCUGAGGUAGUGUAUGCAGUCCUGGUGCUGGCCUCCAAUUUCUCCGAAAAGUUCCCGCCCAGUGGACACGACUAUGGCAUUGACGUCAAGGAGUUCGCCGAUGCUGCUCUCCAAUUGGCCAUGUCCCGGGUGGUUUCACGACGCGUAGAGUUAUCAACGUUACAGACGUUGGUCUUGCUGGCUUUCUACGAACUGAAUAACGGAGACCUAGACCAAUGCCGAGUGCACUCUUCUAUGGCAAUGACACUGGCUCAGUGCGCACAACUUCAUCGAGACAUGCCCGGUAACAAGAACCAGCAGAUGGUGGACGAACGACGGCGGUGCUACUGGAGCAUCGCUCUUCUCCAUCGUUUACUUGGAGAACAAGUUCCUACCUACUCCGACCAGUCAACGCAGCAGAUUGUCUUCCCCAUGAGUGCCUCCUCCCCUCCGGCUGUUGCAGCAAGUCCGGAAGGCCAGCGUCUAGCGAUCUCUAUGCGUCCAGAUGAGGAACAAGGCAUUCUGUCCGUCGUUCUUAGGUUGAGCGAAGUGUGGUCCAUGGUGCAGAUCUACGUCAAGGGCCAAAGAUCGCCAGUGCGCGGUCUUGCCCCGUGGUCUCACAAGUCCGAGUAUUCCAAGGCACUCUCGGCGCUGAUGGAUCUUGGACAGAAGCUCCCCCCAAUCCACAGAUAUCGCUUUAUCCGCCUGUCGAGCAUUACAACUGAGGAGCUUGAAGAGUCUAGGGAAUACUGGGGUCCCUGGUUUCUCAGCCGCUUUUUGUACCACACGUCCAUGUGCAUUCUCAACCACCCAAUUCUCAUUAUGCUGCAGCUGCAAGGUAGUAGAGACGUGUCAGAGGUGUUUCUGCAACAAACCUUCUUCUCUCUAUCACAUCACACUUCGUGGAUCCUCCACUUCAUCGAGUUUCUGGACUCUAGACAAUUUUAUGUGUCGGAUCCUGUAAUUGGCUACUCCGCGGCGGUGGCGGCAACGAUAGAACUCCACCAGAGCUUCCUGGAAGAAGAACAGUCAGCCCGAAAUAAGAAGAAGCAAGGUUACGAUCAAUGCCUGAAAUUAAUUCUAGACAUGCGCCAUCAGUGGCCACAUAUGGAACAUAUUGCCAAGAAGUUGCAAAGUCUUGCAGAAACAAUGUCAGUGUCUUACGAGACUACCAUCACUCGUCAAAGUAACAACAUCUGCAUUGACAUCUCUGGCUUCUUUGGAAUCCUGGACUUUUCCGCAUUUUGUUCCGCAGCUAGGCCGACGAAUAUAGAGAACUCUAUGUUUGGGUCUACAUUGGCCUUUCACCCAACCCUCCAGCCUCAGAAUCAAGCUAAUCUUGAGCGCUUGCCAUCGAUUACGGCCAUAGAGCGCACUGCAACGUCGACAGAGCGGGCCAAUGCUCUUGCAAUGGUCAAUGACCCUGCUCCCCAACCAGAUACAGUUCAUGAAUCGACCAAUUCCCAAGCCACUAGCGAUGUCAUGUUAAUGCCGGCUGAUCAAUUCAAUGAGUUGCUGCUUCCAGCUGAUCAAUUCUUCGGUGGCUAUGCUCAUGAUUCUUGGGAAUUGAUGCUGGGAACGUCGUCCUCCGUACAUAAUCCGUUUGUUUGA